UCGGCUGGUGGAGGCGCUGGGGACGAUGAGGAACAUCAACUACGCAUGAUCACCAGCGUGGACCAGAUCCUCUCCGGUCGUGUAGCAGGUGUUGCCAGCAGUGCGACAACUACAAUUGCCGGUGGAAAAAGAACUUCUACAAGUACGAUGCUGAACAACAAGCCGAGUGCUGUUGAAACGAAGAAAGCGGAAAUGCUUCGCUCGUUCAAAAAUGCCCGGUUGGUGUACGAAAGUGCUCUGCCGGUGAAGGACCUAGCGAGCAAGAUCUGCGAGAUGGAGCUUGUCGGACCGGAAAAUUGCCAGAGUGAAGAUCGUCAACAAAUGGACGACGAGGAGGAUGUUGAGGAAGAAGCAGAAGCGCUCGAAGAUGUUGAUUCUAACGUUGGCAGGAGGACUUCUUGUUCUGCGGACGUUGAAACAGCCGACUCUGAAGAAGAGUCCGACAGUGAUGACAACUGCUCGACGGACUCCGUCGAGGCGGAAGAUGAAGAAGGUCGGGUUCUACAGGAUGGACCACGUCAUGGUUCUCCUGCACGAAGAUCAGCUGCUGCCACUCCUCUUACAGUUACCCUCAACCUUUUGACCGGUCCGCAGAAACGGGCGAGCGCAAAAGCUAAAAGCAUCGAAUUCCGAUCCGACAAGAUGAGCCCGCAGUGGAUGUUUUUUCUGGACAGUGAAAACAAGCAGGGGUUUCUGACCAUCCGGGGUACGGUUUACUUUGACGACUGGAACACGAAUUUCAAUAGCUCGGGGGAUCGGACCAGCCCGGUCUACGCGGAAUACAAGCAUUUUAUGCCCGCCGCAAAGUCCGCGCUGUCGAUGGGCGCGAACCCAGAGCAGGAGGAGUUGGGACCCUUCUUGAUACUGCACAAAGGUUUUUACGACCGCGCGGCCACGGCAAUCAUGGAACUGGAGGUGGCGUUGUUGGCGCAGAGCAAGAUUGUUGUGCAACAAGAACAGCGUGUCGUGGUCCAGGAGAUGAAGAAAGACGAAGGAGGUCGUGAUGGAGAUGAUGAAGCAGGUACUAGUGAACAUGCGCAAACGGUGGAAACCGAGACGGCUCCCGUGAAAGUAAUCCGCGAUGCCACGACCACUUGCGAUCAAGCCGACGAGGAACUCCUCGCUUUCGAAAAGCAAGCGGGGACAGAGAGUCACAAAAGAGACGUGUUCCGCAAUUUCGCGGAAGGAAAAUCGUACCUGGAAAAGCGCCAAACCAAAUUGCCGACCUGCUUUGUGGAAUAUCUGAAAAAAAACAUCGCGACUAAAAUCUCCGACAAGCUGUUCCUCCAGGGCCACUCGUUGGGCGGCGCCGCGGCAUUGGUGAUUCACCGUCUGAGGGAAAAGUCCGACCUAUUGCAAGCGAUGACGAACAACUCUGCCGGGAAAAAGAUCCACACGAACGCGUUCUCCGCGCCCCCAAUGUUCACGUCCGGGUCGCCGGAACAGGCAAAGCUGGCUUUUGUGUACCUCGCCACCGGGAAACUCGCGAACUGGGCGCUCAAUGUAAACCGCGUCUUUGCGGGCAACUACCGCUGCUCCUGGCUGCAGGAGCUCGCGACGGAGUUUCCGCAUGAUAAUUUAAACAAGCAGGAAACCAGACUGUGGAAGAACUCUACGAACCUGUUUUUCAAUUUCGACCCGGUGCCCCGGCUCGCGUUCAUGAACGUGCAGAAGGAUCAAAUUGUCCUCCCCCCCGUGGAGAAAGUUUUCUGGCUUCGCGACACCGCACCCGCGGGGCUGCAAGAAAAGUUGGACAAGUGCGGAAAAAGCUGCAGCAGAACUCUUACCCGCGUUGCUACCGUAUUCCGGGUUCCGCUUUACGCGCAAGCGACGGUCUUGUCGAGUCUAGACCAGAUGCUCUCGCCCUAUCCAAAGGAAUUCUUGCUGGACGCAGUGGAGGAACACAAAGCGAAUACUUACGAACCGCUGUUGGUGGCCUUGUUAGGAGGAAAGAACAGCAAGAAAGAUAGCCCGAUAUCAUCUGGUGAAGCGAGUCUUGAAUUGGGGAUGAAGGGUGAACAAGAGAACAGCGUCCCUACUUCUGAGACGCAGAACGUACAAGAAUUACAGCUGGAGCAACCGCGCGGUGAGGAGAACGUCGAGAACCUCCUCGCCAAUAGCAAAAGGAACGGCACUUCUGGAAACAAGAAAAAAUUUCUUGAUGAGGUUAAAGAACUUACUGCGGAGGUGGAUGAUGAUGUUGAUGACGUUGACGAGGAUAAAAACAGCGAAGAAGAAGAGCAAGACCCUGUUGCUUCCAUGCCGCUCCCGCCGAUCGUUACUCCGGCAGACUACAUGGAGAGAGCACACUGGAACUUGAGUAUACAUACUAGUAAGUGAAAUUUACAAUAAAUAUAUAUCUGAAAGAACACUUUGUUUUACAAUAAAUAUAUAUCUGACUUUGAUGAGACCUUCUCCUGCUCUAUUUUUUGCGAUGGACUCUACUAUUGUGUUUAUGGAAGCUCGUCGUGUGGCAUAUUCGCACUCUUUUAGCAACCGUAAACAAGGUCGAAGUCCAGCAGACGAAGGAGCUGAACGUGAAGCUGCAUCGAGUUGAUGCAAUUUGGCAAAGCAAAAGAAUCAAAAUUCAAAAAAUUCAAUGUGUGAAAUGCAGUGUGUUGAAGAUGUAAAAUACGUGUAGUGAUGUCUACAAUAAAGAUAAAGAAAUUUGAGGAUAUGACACUUUCUUUGUUUUAUGAGCCUCGCAGGACGACCAAGGCCUGAGGCCGACGUUUGCUGCACAUGAAAUUGGAAAAAGUUGUAUCGAUGAGAUUUUUACAAGACCGCCUGUGGAUAUGAAAAGCAAAUAUGCCUUUAUCCGCAGUGCUGUCGUGCGAAAGAUGUAAGAAUUGGACUGGGAACACCCGUGUAAGAUCGAAUAAAUGUGAAAAGAUUGAUGUUAACUGCACUUCCGUGUAUGAUAUUACGACGCGAAAAUAAGUAUGAAGCCUAAAAAGAAGUUUCCGAAUCCGAAAGCAUUGAAAUGUACCAUCUGACGACAAAUGAAAAUCCCCCGUCAGAAUAUAUGAAAGCAGUAAGUACAACGUGAACAACAUGGAAAAAGAACCUAGAACCCACCCUACGAAGAAGUCGAUCAUAGAACUACCGUAGAGCUAGUAUGGCAUGUUGACCGAAGAAGUGGUCUUUUGUACAGUAACUCCGACGUCUGCGUCGACAUGCCGAGAAACGAAUUGUAUGGAUGAAACUGUGAUGAACAAGAAGUCUGAAAGUACGUGACGAAUCUGAAGAAGAAAAAGUUGGAGCCAAGAACAACACUACUUAUUAUAACGAGUUUGCGC